AUGGAAUCUGAUCUCACACGUGAUGAUAUUGCCCGAUUUCGUGGCCUUAAUAUGGCUCAUGGUUUCUUUAAAUCAAUUGUGAAAAAUCAGAUUGAUCGAGAUGAAUAUCACAAAGUUAUGGAGGAGAGGAGACGGGAAGUUCAACAAAAGAUGAAUGAGGAAAGAUUAGCUACACUUAGACCUAAUCAGAAUCGGUCUCAACAAAUAGGAGAGAAGAAACUUUACAUACCUCCACAUUUACGAGAUAGUGUAAAUAAGGCAAAUCAAGUUGCGAAUAACGAGCGAAAGUUAUAUAUACCUCCACAUCUGAGGGAUAAUCAUAGUCCGCAACCAAUUGUGAAACCGAAAAAUGAUAGAGGAAAUUGUUCCGCCAUAAUAAGUGAAGUAGAAGAAAAUAAUUUAAGAGAAAAGAUUCGGAAUAGAUUAAAAGGAAGAAUGGAAGAUAUCGAUAAUAUAACAGUUCCCAAGUCGAACUCCGAAGCAGUUGGGUCUUCAGAGCCUUUGUUCAUGUUGAACAUGAAAGAUAUGGACGGAAAUAGUGUUGAAGUAGCCGUUAUGAAUACGGACAAUGCUGCUAGAUUAGCUAAAGAAUUAGGAAGAAAAUAUGGAUUCAACGACGAUCAGUGUCGAAUGUUACGAUUAACGUUAGAUCAUGAAUUGGAAAAACGAUUAUCUCGUGUUGAAGCUGUCCAACAAUGA